AUGAAUUCGAAAGGGUGUUUUCGUGUUCUUCUCAUCUUCUUCAUGAGCUUCGAUCACAUUCUUGGAAGUGCAACUUACAAGUCCAUAAUUUGGGAUCAUGAAAAUCCACUGUUUAAAAAUGAUUGCCCCUCAGGGAAGCCCAAGCUCUUCAAUGUGGAAGCUAAUUCAAAAAUCAAUUUUGUGUGUCCAAAUGUAGCCACGAUGAUGGACUCAACUUUGAGGGAAGUUACAAAAGCAAACAGGUAUGAGAACCUUUGGCUGGUACACAACAGUGCUGCCUUCGAUGGUUGUAAUGUUAUGCAGGAUCCAAGGCAUUUCAUGCUCAUGCGCUGUGAAGACCCCACAUCACUUCAGUUUCGCACCGUCAUAUUCCAACGGUAUUCAGCUGAACAUCAUCUUACAUUUCAGAAAGGAAAAUCCUACUUCUUCAUCUCAACAUGUAAUGGGAAGAUGUCCUCAGUGAACAACAAAGUAGGAGGACACUGUUAUGGAACAGCAAAUGGUGGCUUCAUGAAAAUUGAAAUGCAUGUUUGUAAGGAUGAAGAUACUGCUUGCCUUGAAAAUGUCGGCAAGCCACAUUGCCAGGAAGAGCCUUCAUCCUCACAUGUUCUGAAUACUGAAACAGUACCACAUACUGCUGCAGUUUCAUCAUACACUCAAUCUCCCACUGAAGGAAAAACAAAUCCCUGCAAAGAGGUUUUAAAUCUAUUAGUAAAGAAAGGGGCUACAGAUUCUGAGAGUGAAGAUAAGUGCAAAAUUUGGAAGAUUGCUGUUGCGUGUUCUUCUGGUAUUUCCAUUGCUGCGUUUUUCUGUUUGUGUUGCAAAUGUUUUUGCCCCUUAAAUUCUUCUCAAAAUUCUACGCAGGAAAAAGCGAAUGAAGCGCCCGGAUCAGUAUGACGUGAAAGUAGAAUCUUCCAAAAGACCUGGUUUGGAAAAUGAUGGUUUUAAAAGAAAGACUGAUGCUGACUCGCUUAAAAAAAAGGGGGUCUUACAUCAGACGUGAAUGAGGGUCUCAAAAUAAAAACUGGUGGCCAGUAGUGGUGUAACUAUUCAUAUUCCUUACGAUUCGACUCAAUUCGAUUACUACCUUAAGCUUUCGAUAUCGAUUAUUUCAAUUCAAUUAAGCAAAAUAUUAAUGUUUUUUUUUUUUAAUUCUUACAACAUGAUACACAAUGUAGACAACAUACAACCCGAAACCCUCAAUUUGAGGAUACACUGUACGAUAGUAAUAGGAACAUUAUUAAUCUAUAACAAGGAUGCAAUAAAAAAAAAUGCAAUUUUUUAGUGUUCUUCUUUCUAGAUCUAGAGCACUCUCACAUUUCUAAAAAAAUUGACUUGUCUAAAUGUUCACUACGCAAGCAUGACCUCUGAGCAGACACAAGGUCACCUGCAGAAGAGAAAACUCUCUCGCUCACCAGUGAUGUAGCAGGGACACAUCUUUAGGCCAACUUUGACAAAAUAGGGUAUUUGAGCUAAUUUGCUUUCCACCGCGACAAUGGAUUAGAGUUAAAUGGCAUGGUUUCUUUAACUUUGUAACUGGCUAACUCUGACUUAACUAUCUGAAACAAUGACUUCCCAGGAACAAAUUGAGUUACGAAAACAUCUCCAAGAAGAUCAUCCAAGGCAGAUUUCCUCUCCUUAUCUAGUUGGCAAGUGCGGCGGUGGAUCACUUGCGAGGAGAACAGUUGUUUCUCUACGGGAACGAGCACAUGCAUCCUCCAGAAUUUUGGACUCGGCAAAGUGGGCAGCUAUGGCUGUUCUUGCAUAGGAGCCUUGUUUGCCUCAGUCUUCACUUAUGAGCAUAGAGAAGUUGAUCAUCAUUUGACAUGUUUGUAACUCAGAAUUGAAUAUUAAAAGGCAUGUUCAUUUAAAAACAAGUCAAUAC